CGCCGAGCGCGGGGGAUGCUGCUGUCGCCGCCGCCGCUGCCGCUCGGGCGGCUCCCGCUGCCCGGCUUCGCUCGGCCGCGCGGCAGGCACUGACUCGCGCUGGGCUCCUCUCCGCCAGUCCGGCCCCUCCCAGCCCGGGAUCCUCCUGCGGGGUGCAUCGCCCUUAUGCGAAAUUACAGGAGCAACAGAGCCUGCUAGGGAGAGCGCAGCGAACAUGCAGAGGCGGAGGAGCCUCGGCGCGCAGGGCAGAAGCGCGUAGUGAGCCUGUCUCCGGAGGGCGUGCGAGAGAGGCGGCGGUUCGCCCUCCCGGCGGGUCCCUCACCCACCCUCCUCAGCCCCGGCGCGCUGCGGCGGCGGGCGCGGGGUGCAUGGAAGCGGCGGCUGCGGCGGAGGAGGCGGCGGCUGCCCCAUGGAGUGUUACUACAUUGUCAUCAGCUCCACGCAUCUCAGCAACGGACACUUUCGCAACAUCAAGGGAGUUUUCCGGGGCCCUCUCAGCAAGAACGGCAACAAAACUCUGGAUUAUGCUGAGAAGGAGAACACCAUAGCCAAAGCGCUGGAAGAUCUGAAGGCCAAUUUUUACUGUGAACUCUGUGACAAGCAGUACUACAAGCAUCAGGAAUUUGAUAAUCAUAUUAAUUCAUAUGACCACGCUCACAAGCAGAGGCUCAAAGAACUGAAACAAAGGGAAUUUGCUCGAAAUGUAGCAUCUAAAUCCAGGAAAGAUGAAAGAAAACAGGAAAAGGCACUCCAACGCCUGCACAAGCUGGCCGAGCUAAGAAAGGAAACUGUAUGCGCUCCUGGAAGUGGUCCUAUGUUCAAGUCAACGACUGUUACUGUGAGAGAAAAUUGUAAUGAAAUUUCCCAAAGAGCUGUUGUGGAUUCAGUUAAUAACCAGGAAGAUUUUAAAUGCACUUUGAUUCAUAGCCAAGAGAAGGCUAAAGAUGUUACCACUCUUGCUGCAGAUCCAGAAAGCACAAAGAGUUAUAUGGCCAAAAAUAACCAACUUGAAGAUCAAGCCCAGGGGAUUCACAGACACAAAAUUGGCUUUUCUUUUGCAUUUCCAAAGAAAGCAUCCGUGAAACUGGAGUCCUCAGCUGCAGCCUUCUCUGAAUACAAUGAUGAUGCCUCUGCGGAAAAAGGAUUUAGCAGAAAAAGUAGAUUUGUCCCGGGUGCUUGUCAUCUUCAACUAUCUUCACCAACAGAUGUGCUUUUGAAUUCCGUGGAGAAAGCAAACUCUUUUCAUCCACCAGAGGGAAUGUGCACUGACAAAGAAACUACUCAAACUCAAGAGAUGAAAGAAGUUUCUAGUGAAAAAGAUCCAUUAUUAUUACCUCCAUUUUGCCAGUUUCAGCUCCCUUCAUCAUCUGAUGCAGAUAAUUGUCAAAUUUCAGUCCCUUCAGCAGAUCAGAUUUCACCAGAAGAUAUUCUUAUUAAUGAAGACAUACCUAUAAAUGGUAACACUUCUGAAUUGCUAGGAAAUAAAUCCAUAGUUCUUGAUAUGGCUAAUGACAACAUGUCUUUGCAGACUACCACCAAGGAAACUGUUAAGGACAAUGUGACAUCCACAAUUGAAGCUGAAAAUAAAAAUCACGGUCUGGACGUGUUGACCCCUGUAAAUUCUGAAGAGGAUAAUAUAACCUUACACACACAAAAAGAUUUAUAUAAAAGACCAUGUGAGCCAUUUAUACCUGUACUUAACAAAGAUGGAUCCACAGUUCUUCAGUGGCCAUCAGAAAUGCUGACAUAUACCACCACUCAACCAUCAAUUUCCUAUAGCUGUAAUCCUCUCUGUUUUGACUUCAAGUCCACUAAAUUAAACAACAAGCUAGAUAAAAAUAAGCUGCCCUUAAGUGAUCUUUCUUCUCAGCAGAAGGGAGAAGAAAUUUACAAGAACCCAGUUUUGGACUGCAAGGAUACAUCUAUGGCAGGACUCACUGAUUAUGAAAUUGGAGGUAGCAGAAAUGAACAUACCCAAGUCACUUCUCAUCUGACUGAUGAUACUGUCUCCAAUAGCUGUGAUUCUGGAAAAAAUGAGAGUAUGGGUCAGAGGUAUAAAAAUAUUUCCUGUAGGAUCAGAAAAACAAAAAAAUAUACUUUUACUAAAAAUCAGAUAAAGCCAGAUGCUAUAGAUGGGAAAUACAACAAAAUAAGAUUGAAAAAUACUCAUGAACGUUGGUUCCAUAAAAGUAGAAGAAAGAAAAAAAGAAAGUUAUGUCACCAUAAUUAUGGAGAGAAAACCAAAGAAUCAGAAACACGCUUCAAAAUGGAAACAGAAAAUAGUUACACUGAUACAACUAGGAAAAAUCUACUGGAAACAAUUUCAGAAAAACAGUAUUCAGCUGCAGAGCAACUAUUGGACUCACAGCAAUUACCUGAUAAAAGGCCUAAAUCUACAUCCAUAUACUUAAGUGAAAAUGAAGAAAUGUGUAAAACCUGGAACACUGAAUACAAUAAUAAUACUAUUAUCAGUUCUAAAAACUACUGCAAAAACAGCUCAGUUGUCUUAAAUGGACAAUCCAAUUCUACAAUGAUACAUUCUGCAAAACAUAAUUUAACAUACUCCAGAACAUACUGUAGUUGGAAAGCUAAAAUGUCCAGCUGUGGUCAUGAUCACAGAUGCCUAGUUCUUCAGAAUGAAAUGAAAUGCAUGAGUCAGAGCCAGGCUGUUAAAAGAGGUUAUAAUUCUCUCAUUAAUGAAUCAGAAAGAUGCCAUCGAAAGCGUAGACAACAUUCAUAUUCUUAUUCUUCAGACGAAAGUUUAAAUCGACAGAAUUAUCUACCAGAAGAAUUCUUGACGUCACGUCGUGCUUCUGCUCCUUGCAAACCUAAGAGGAAACAGAGGAGAAAAAGAAAUCGAUUCCACAUGGGUUUUGAAGCUCUGGAACUCAAAGAGAAAACAGAUUAUCCCAAGAAAGGCAAUUCUUCCUUACAUCACCAGGAUAAAAUAGUAAGUGAAGAUGGAAAAGAGGAAGUAAAACCACAGGAAACUGCAGAUGUCAAAAGGAACUCAGAACAACUAGACCAAGUAGAAAACAAACUGGCUGUGCCCACCAGCAGCCCUCUUCCUUCUGAAGCCAAUGAUGAAACUCAGCAGGUUGUAAUGGAGACCACUUCUGGUGAACUGUCAGAGAUUUCCAGUGAACCCACCACAUCAACCUAUACAGUUAGUGCCCCAGCAAAAGGAGGAAUAGACAGUACCUUGCUUGAACACAAAGAAAGAAGUGAGGAUACAAAUGUCAAUGAAAAGCAAAUUCCUUUCAAGGUGCCUAAUAUUGAAAGGAACUUUAGACAGUCACAACCUAAAUCGUUCCUUUGUCAUUAUGAACUGGCUGAAGCCCUUCCACAAGGCAAGAUGAAUGAGGCAUCAACGGAGUGGCUGUGUUUUAAUUCAGGAAUCCUUAAUGCACAACCACCAUUGCCAUUCAAAGAAGCACAUGUCAGUGGCCAUACCUUUGUAACAACAGAGCAGAUCCUGGCUCCAUUAGCUUUACCAGAACAGGCAUUAUUGAUUCCGAUAGAAAACCAUGACAAGUUCAAAAACCUACCAUGUGAAGUAUACCAGCACAUCCUACCGCCAAACAUGCUGGCCAACAAGGUCAAGUUCACUUUUCCUCCAACCGCCCUCGCACCCCCCAGCACACCUCUGCAGCCUUUGCCUUUGCAGCAGCCCCUGUGUUCUACCUCUGUCUCUACUAUCCACCACACUGUUUUACAACAGCAUGCGGCAGCGGCUGCAGCGGCAGCGGCAGCGGCAGCUGCAGGAACCUUUAAAGUGCUUCAACCACGCCAACAGUUUCUGUCCCACGUCCCAGCUCUCACCAGAACAUCAUUACCUCAGAUCUCAGUAGGACCAGUAGGACCGAGGCUUUGUCCUGGGAGUCAGCCAGCUUUUGUUGCUCCUCCUCAGGUGCCAAUCAUCCCAGCUUCCGUCCUUCAUCCUAGCCAUCUGGCUUUCCCACCUUUGCCCCAUGCCCUCUUCCCUUCGCUGCUCUCUCCCCACCCUACCGUCAUCCCACUGCAGCCCCUAUUCUAGUCAUCACCAUGAGAGGGAAAGAAAAUAUCCAUGUGAAAACUACUGCCAUAUGUGUUAAUGCUCAUUAAGUGGAUAAUAGCCUAUUUAAAUGGUGGAAAUAAACUAGCUCAAAUAUGGCUUCAUUGAUAUGAAAUCACUUACUAUAAGUGUAAUGAUGCAAAUAAAUUCUUAAGCUUCUGAUAUAUAAUAUUAUUAAGGCACUGAAUAGUUUGAAAAUCAAUAUAAUCUAUGCUGUAUAUCAAAAUGAUGUCUUAAGAGUAUGUAUAAUGUAUAUAAAAUAUAUUUAUAGUACUGUAAUUUAUGUUGUAAAGUAUGCCCUUCAUUUUUUUUAAUCUUUGUGUAUUUGCACCUAUUUAAUGUUUAGACAAAGCUGAUGGCACUAUGUUUUGUACCAUGUUCCUUGAAACUGUAAAUUCAGUGAAAAAUA